UCCGGCCCCCCAAACCUCCCGUACGAUGAUGUGUUGAAACUUGCAACCACUCGAUUUUCACUGCGAUUUAAGGAAGAAAAGCCGACAUUUGAGUCUAUAAAUUUUACUUCUUGCUCGUCUCAUAUCUACAUUCUCAUAAACCCUUCAUUUCUGAUCAAAUUUCUGGAAUCAGAGCUCACACGGCCAUGGCUUAUCCCGUUACAAGCUCUGCUACAUGCAGAAACCAUUUCGACUGUACAAGGAUGAUUCCAAAGGAGAUGUUCCCUUCUUCGCAUUUACCCUCAAACUUCCUCAAAUUUACUCCUUGCCCUUCUUCAUGGGUUACUCGAACUUCCCCUUCUGUCUCGUGUUCGCUCGUCAAAGAGCCUGCGUCUGUUCUCGCAGAAGACGGAAAUGGGUCGAUGGUAUUGCAGCGACCCGAUUCGUUUGGCCGCUUCGGUAAAUUUGGCGGCAAGUACGUCCCUGAGACUCUAAUGUAUGCGCUCAGCGAGCUUGAGGACGCUUUUCAUUCCCUUUCUGCUGAUGAAGAUUUUCAGAGAGAACUUGGUGGGAUUUUGAAAGACUAUGUGGGCAGGGAGAAUCCUCUUUAUUUUGCAGAGAGGUUGACAGAGCAUUAUAAGCGUCCUAAUGGUGAAGGGCCUCACAUCUAUUUGAAGAGGGAAGAUCUUAACCACACUGGGGCUCACAAAAUUAACAAUGCUGUUGCCCAAGCCUUGCUUGCCAAACGGUUGGGUAAAAAACGCAUUAUUGCGGAAACUGGAGCUGGGCAGCAUGGAGUUGCCACUGCUACUGUAUGUGCUAGAUUUGGUUUACAAUGUAUAAUUUAUAUGGGUGCACAGGAUAUGGAAAGACAAGCCCUUAAUGUCUUCAGGAUGCGUCUUCUUGGUGCGGAGGUAAGAGCUGUCCAUUCUGGCACAGCGACUCUGAAGGAUGCUACAUCAGAAGCUAUAAGGGAUUGGGUGACGAAUGUGGAGACAACUCAUUAUAUUUUAGGUUCUGUUGCGGGUCCACAUCCAUAUCCUAUGAUGGUAAGAGAGUUCCAUUCUAUGAUUGGCAAGGAAACCAGAAAACAAGCUUUGGAAAAGUGGGGAGGGAAACCUGAUUUGCUGGUUGCAUGUGUUGGUGGAGGUUCAAAUGCUAUGGGACUUUUCAAUGAAUUUGUUGAUGACAAAGAUGUCAGGCUGAUUGGUGUCGAGGCAGCAGGGUUUGGCCUUGACAGUGGCAAGCAUGCUGCAACAUUAUCAAAGGGAGAAGUUGGGAUUUUACAUGGGGCUAUGAGCUAUCUGCUGCAGGAUGAUGAUGGGCAGAUAAUCGAGCCUCAUUCUAUUAGUGCAGGCUUGGAUUACCCUGGUGUUGGACCUGAACACAGCUAUUUGAAAGAUUUAGGACGUGCUGAAUAUCAUAGUGUCACUGAUGAAGAAGCAUUGGAAGCUUUUAAGAGAGUUUCAAGACUUGAAGGUAUAAUCCCAGCAUUGGAGACAUCUCACGCCUUGGCAUAUCUCGAGAAGCUUUGCCCGACCCUUCCGAAUGGAGCCAAGGUUGUGGUUAACUUCAGCGGCCGAGGCGAUAAAGAUGUGCAGACUGCCAUCAAGUAUUUGAAGGUUUGAGUAAGGGUCAUAUUCUGCUAUGAUUUGAGGUGUCCAGUGAAGAUCAACAAGCUUGACUGCUGAGUAGCUUCAUCUUCAUGCGAGGGAGUUAGUAUCAGUUUAAUUUUGUAUAAAGCAAAGUUCUGUGUUUGGGAAAAAGUUAUGCAUGUGUUAUUUAAUGCUUGUAGCCCAUUUUGCUGGAUGCUGGUUUUAUUAAUAAGGACUAUGAUUUAAAAUCUACUAAUAAAGCAAUUUGUUUUGUCUCCUUGUGAUA